AUGUCGGGUUUUACGGAGACAACGUACAAUAAUCUGAUCACUCAACAGAGCGAGACGCAGCAACGGCUGUUCGCUGAGUAUACCGGCAAUGGGCAAGAUUUUGACAUAGUGAUCGUGGGCUCAGGGAUUGGGGGCGGAAUACUAGCUGACGAUAUAGCGGAUAACAGCAAUAGAUUACGCAUUUUGGUGAUCGAGGCCGGCUCCUAUCUCUUCCCCACCCACGUUUACAACGUCAGUCGAUUUCCAAAUGCAUCUGUGGCGAGCAAGUAUGGCGUACAGAAUUUCACGCAGACGGGUGACGACAAUACCCAGUACUACAUUGGCGAGCAGCCGCAGCUUAACCUUGGUGGACGGUCAAUCUUCUGGUCUGGGCUUAUCCCCUCGGUGCAACCGUGGGAGCUUCAGUUCUUCCCCCCGAAUGUGCGAUCGCGCCUCAGUGCAGACCUCAAGGAAGCUCAGAACAAGCUCAAUGUCUCUGUGACGAUGGGCAACACGGCACAGAACAUUGUGAAAGCUCUUCAACAAAGCCCGCUCGCGGAGCACUUCGAUAUCAGGGAGACACCGCGAGCGUUGCAUCAACCCUAUCUGACACCAUCCGGCGCUCCAGCGAAGGAGUUCUUUCUUGAACCAACCGGGGUAUUCAACACCGCGGAGCUUCUCAUCAACCAAAUUGGCCUCAAACCCCAGGACCCCAACGCCGCUAACCAGAAUCGCCUUCAGCUGCUACUAAACCACUACGUCGAGUCUGUGGAAAAGCGAGGUGAUGGUCGCUGCACAUUGCAAGUGAAAGACAUCAUCGGAAAACGAAUUCGCCAAUUCACAGCAAGAGCCGUGGUGCUGGCGGCAGGUUCACUCGAAAGCCCCAAAAUCAUACGCCGGUCGCCUGUUUUCAACUCCUUAUCGCAGGCCAUUAAGGACAUCGUCGGGCAAGGAUUGACAGAUCACCCGACGACGAACUGGAUUCAAGGAAAUGUGACGCACAUCGGCAACACUGAGAUCCCUCGCAACGGCCAUGCGAAGAUCGUCUUCUACUCGAGAGGCUUGCGGGAAGCGGGUCCUGGGAGCCCCAUCCGGUACCCAUUCAACAUUGAGAUGAAUGUGAACCACGAGUACUGGCAUUUGCGUGAGAAUGAUCCCACCAGCCCAGAAGUCUCCGUGGGCAUCAAAGAGUCCGUCGUUGAGAUUAAGUUCAGCUUCGGCAACCUCCUCGACGACGAGAACACGCUAAACCUGUCCUCAGGAACGACAUAUGUCCCCCAGAUCCAGUUCAAAAACCUGAAGUGGAUGGACGACCUCUCCCAAAACCGGUUCAGGAAUCUAGCAGGAUGGAGGAAGACUAACCCGGAGAUAUUCGCAGUGCUCAACGACCUGGUAUACAAGAUCUUCUCGCAAUUUCGCAAAGACGGCGCACCAGCGUCUCCUGUGGGAUACUUGGGCCAAGACGGUCGCGGGUUCGGCUAUGGCACGGUCCAUCACUCAGUCGGCACGCUGCGCAUGCCGGCGACGAAUCGGCUCGACAGCGGCGAUUUCAGCGCGCCGUCGGUGGUGGACGAGGAUCUGAUGGUGCGCGGGCACCCUGGCCUGUAUGUGUGCGAUAUGUCCGUGCUACCCUACAGCUCGUCGGCGAAUCCUGUGCUGUCGCUCGCCGCGUUGACGUUACAGUUGUCGCGGCACCUGCGCAACACGUUGUAG